AUGCGUAAACCAUCACUGGCCCAGAUCGUGUAUGACGCCACGUUCCCACGACCUCGCACCAAUGACCCGGGCUCCUUUGCCGCUCACAUCACCCGCAACCUCGUUCCAGAAGUACGUGUCGAGACCUCCCUGUUCUACGGUUCCCUGGACUGCAUCGAGGCACAAUAUCCCGGGCUGGACUACUCCAACGGACCACAUCGGAUGCGACUCAGUCGGUUCCCGUGGCAUCGGAGACUAUUCCGGACCUUCAACGAGCUAGGAUUGACCGAAGACGAGAUCUCUGAUCUGUGUCGAUGGGAAGGGACCAAGUCCGCGAGGCAACGAUACGAGGCAGAGGAACGGGUCAGCGUGCAGGACACCACGGCCCAGUCCAUCCGAGCGGCAUCUCCCAUGCCUGGUCCUGCCAUUGAGAUAUACACCGACGACUUCUGCGGGCCAGAAGAAGAGAUCAUCGAGACAAGGAGCAACGAUACAAUUCGCGCAGGCCGCCCCCGGGCAUCCAGUUACCAAGCCGCCAUGGCCGAGCCCGAAUCCGAGGAUGACUUCAGCGACGAGGAUAUGGAGAGUUGUGGAGUGGCUCUAAACCACCGGAUCCAUGCUGCGAUGGAGGCUCGCGACCGCGGCACUGAUGUCCCGCUGGAUGAGGACUGGGAACAAUGGCUGAAGGAAGCUGGGGAGCGAGGCACAUACGGCGAGGUAUUCCAUGCAAUUCGUUCGAAUGGGAUUGGCUUCCGUUUCGAGGAUUCUUCGCUCGCUCAUCCUCGUGCGCUCGCCCCAACUACAGCCUCCCUCCCUGAUGCAUACAUGAUUUCUGUCCCGGAUAGUAUCCUCCCCAGCCCUGCGCUACCAUCUACAACCAAUGCCUCCGGCGCGGCUCGGUAA